AUGGCUCCCUCGCGCUCCCGUACCAAUCCCCGGGAUCACGGCCUCGACAAUUUCUCCUUUGACAACGCCCAUCUCCAGGACUUUGUCGUCCCCGACGGCCUCAUUCAACCUCUGCCCAAAGCCUUGGCCGAUGCAGUGGCCAAUUGGGUCUACGCCGGAGCCGCGCUCCGCACCGCUAUCGACCGCCUCCACCUCCUCGACGAGCAUGUCGUUGAGCGGCCGGUCGAUGCUUCAGUGUCCAGCCGCAGUGAUUCUUUGAGCUGGGAACCUCUCACACCCACCGCUGCUGAUACUCCGGCAACAGUCACCAUCCCUUCCGACUCCUCCGCCACGCCCCUCAUUGGCCCGGGGGCCAUCGCCUACCCCAGCUUCCCCGUCGUCAACCCCUACACCCAACUGCCCACCAGCAUGCUCGGCAUGGAAUCACCCCCAUUCACACCCGUCGACAGCAAAUGUCCAGGCACUCCAUCCUACUCCGCCUCCGCAGCCGCGGGACCCAAAACCGUCACGCUGCCCGACCUACACCGACUCAACGCCCAACUCUACCCCCUCACUCGCCACCUCUCCCCCGCCACCACCGUCUGUUCCUCCAGCCCCGACGCCGAAAUCCGCGAACUCAAAACCUGGGAGGCGUACGUCAAGACGUACAACGCCGAGGUCUACGAUCUCAAGUACCAGGCCGUCCCGCGCUUCGUCGGCUGCACUCGCACCGUGCGGAAACUGAUGGUCGAGCUGGAGCUGUGUGGACAGAUGAGCAGCAGGCUGACUGCGGCGCUACGUGCAUUCCAGGCGUGGUGGGCAGAGCAGAGUCCGAAAGCAGGGGAAUAUCAGGUCAAGGCUGGUGCGUGGCACGAGAAAAGCCUGGUCUAG